UGAGGGAAGUCGAGCGUGUGAGCUGUGAGGAUAAAAAACUGCAGCGACAAAAUGCCUGAGGAAAGUGUGGACGAAUGCAAGCCUCUGCUUACAAAAGGAAUUAAAGAGUCACAGCGAUCAAAGUUUCCAAACAAAUCUCUUCUGCUUGCUGCUUUUGCGACAUGCAUAGGAGGAACCUUUCAGUGUGGAUACAAUAUAUCUGUCAUCAAUGCACCCACUAUGUAUGUUCAAGCCUUCAUCAACCGCACCUGGAAUGAACGUUACCAAGCCAACAUUUCAGAAAGCGCUCUCACUCUUCUCUGGUCCACCAUUGUGUCCAUAUUUACCUUAGGGGGACUUCUGGGAGUCUCAAUAGGUGGAACUUUGUCUGUGAAGUUAGGAAGGAAGGGAACCCUACUGACCAAUAACUUCUUUUCACUGACGGCGGCUCUGCUGAUGGGUUUGAGCUCUUCCGUCAGAUCAUUUGAGCUUCUCAUCAUCGGACGUUUUCUUAUUGGAAUAAAUGCAGGCAUUGGUUUAUGUGUUGAGCCCAUGUUUUUGGGGGAAAUAUCUCCUACAGCGUUUCGUGGUGCCCUGGGAUCAGGAACUUCCAUUUUCCUCACUGUUGGGAUCUUAUCUGGGCAAGUGAUGGGCCUCGAUGAAGUCCUGGGUAAAGAGGAGUUCUGGCCCUACCUGCUGUCAACCACUUGCAUCCCAGCAAUCCUGCAACUCCUGAUUCUGCCCUGGUUCCCCGAGAGCCCUCGCUACCUGUUCAUUGAUAAAGGAGACGAAGAGGGGUGCAAAAAAGCCUUGAGGCAGCUGCAUGGUUUAGCUGACUGCGACAGUUCGCUGGAAGAUAUCCAAAAGGAGAAGAGCAACUUAGCCGGUUUCCGAGCUAAAAAGCCCUGGGAGCUGUUUGCUGACCGCAGUGUGCGCUGGCAGCUUCUCACCAUUAUUGUCAUCAACAUGGCGCAACAGCUGAAUGGCGUCAAUGCUAUGUACUUCUAUGCAGAUUAUGUCUUCCUGCAGUCUGGCAUUCCCAUUGAGAAAACGCCGUAUGCCACUGUCGGCACUGGUGCCUGUGAAUGCUUCACCGCUUUGACAUGUGGUUUGCUCAUUGAAUGUCUUGGGAGAAAAGUGCUCAUCACUGGAGGAUACAUCCUCAUGAGCAUCUGCUGCAUUCUGUUCACACUGACUCUGGCUUUCCAGAAUGUCAGUCCAGUCUUCCCAUACCUGAGUGUGGCCUGUGUUUUCGCUUUUGUUCUAAGUUUUGGCUUGGGGCCUGGUGGCGUGACUAACAUCCUGAACAACGAGCUGUUCACACAGAACGCGCGGCCUGCAGCGUUCAUGAUCGCAGGAACAGUGAACUGGCUCAGCUUCUUCCUCGUUGGCCUGCUCUUUCCAUUUAUCGUGAUUGGACUGCAGCACUACUGUUUCCUUGUCUUCUUUGUCGUCUGCUCCAGCGUAGCUGUAUACAUUUUGCUUGUCGUUCCUGAAACCAAGAACAAAACGUUUGUGGAAAUCCAGAAUGAGUUCAAGUCAACCAGAAAGGCCAGCACCUCUGAUGGAUCCGGAGCAACUCUGUUAUCCACUUGUUUGUGAAAUUUGUCUGACUAAAAGGCAUCACAACUAGAAGUAUUUUUUUAUUCUCGAAAAGACAAUCAAAAAAGACAACCGUCCUUUAUUCACAAUAAAUAAUUCUUUCAACAAA